CCUCGCCACACUGUGGCACACUCGUCGACCACGACACUCACCUUUGACUUCGAUCAUGUCCUCGAAACGCAAGUGGGAUCAGGCUGCUCCGGAAGAGGACAAUACCCCGACGAAGGCCAUCAAACAGGAAGAUGGCAAGACUGCGUCUGAGGCUGCAGCUGCAGCGGCCGCCAUCGCUGCGAAAAUCGCCGCGCAGUUUGCUGGGUCGGGUGGCAGUGGAUUGCCAGGCGGAAAGGAUCCGCACGAUGGAGAUUACAUUCGCGACAUCGAUAUCAACGACCAGCGCAACAGAUAUCUGUUGACGAAAGGCUCGACGCAGACACAGAUCCAUGAGGACACGGGUGCUUCGGUCAGCACGAAGGGUGUAUGGUACCCUGACCGUACCAAGGCUACAGAGAAGGACCCUCCACUGUACCUCCAUAUCUCUGCGACGUCACCGGAGAUGCUGCAGAACGCUAUCGACAAAGUCAAUGAACUCAUCGCCAUGGACAUGGGCUCGCUAGUAGAAGACAAGAAGGAUCGUAUGAGGGAACGUCGCAAAUGGCCGGAAGAGAAGAUUCCCGUCGGUAUCGAUAGUAUUCGGAACUUCAACGUCAGGGCAAAGGUAGUCGGGCCUCAGGGUAUGUUCGUGAAGUACAUUCAACAGGAAACGAAUACUCGCGUGCAAAUCAAGGGCAUUGGCUCCGGAUUCGUCGAUCAGGAAACCGGACAUGAGCACGACGAGCCGAUGUAUAUUCACGUAACUGGCCCUGAUGAAGGGCAGGUACAGCGGGCAAAGGUCCUUACCGAAGACUUGUUAGAAGUCGUCCGUCAGGAGCACGCUAAGGUCAAGACCGUCGUGCAGCAACAGCAAAUGGAGCUCCACCAAGCCCAACUGCAGUACGCCGCCUACAGCUAUGGAGGAUAUGCCCCUCCGCAACCAGGUGCCGCGCCUCCGCCCCCGCCCCCGGGCGAGCAACCGCCUCCUCCCCCCGGUGCGCCACCUGAAGGAAGCGCACCUGCAUCUAUGGGCCAGGACAGCUCCGCAGCUGCUGCAGCGGCGGCUCCGAGUGCCGGUGAUAUGGACGCAUACAAAGCAUACUGGGCCGCGUAUGGAUACGACGUCAACUCGCCCGAGUUUAUUUCAUGGCAGCAGCAGCAAUAUGCACAGUACUACGCGCAGCAAGGGUACGCCGGGCCUGCGGGUAGCCCACCGGCUCCGGGCAGCCAGCCUCCAGGUGACGGCGCACCGCCGCCACCGCCUCCUGCCUGAUGAGCGACGUGCGAGGUACUGUAUAGGUUUGGUUCAUGGUAUCUUGCGCUUUGAUCUAGCCAUUUCUGCUGGUUCUUACGAUAUUGUCGUAAUUCCCUUGUGUCUGGUAUGAAUGUAUAAUUGGGUGCUGCACA